AUGAUGCUUCUAAUGAAUCAUGUAGGAAUAUUUAUAAAUUUACAUGGUUAUAUGUUCUUAUUUAAAACUUAUUUUGUAAUUGGUGGCUGCAUACCAGUAACACCACAAAUGAUUCGUGCAGCUGUAAAAAGAUUACACCUACGCAGAGCUUUUGUUAAUACAAAUCUCAUCAGCCAAUAUCUACGUCGCAGUUAUCCAGUUGAAAAUGAUUUAAGAUUGUUUUCUGAAGAAUUGAAAAAAAAAUUGGAUUGUGCCGUACGUGUUGGAUUAAUAGUAAAACAUGGAGAAGAUGCAUAUUGUUUGCCUACUCUAAGAGAAGAAGCAAAUAUAUUUGACACAUUGUGCACUACAUUUUGGGAAAUAUAUAGAAAUUAUCCAGGUACUGCACAAACUAGGUAUCAAAAUAGAAAACGUUCUACCACAAAGAAAAAGAAACGAUUAGAAGGUAUAAUUAAAAAGUAAUAAACGAAAUAUAAUUUAAAAAUUUGUA